GUAUGGAAAAGUUGAAGCCACUCGAAUGCUGUUGGAGAAGGGGAAAUGCAAUCCAAAUCUUUUGAAUGGCCAACUUAGCUCUCCUCUUCAUUUUGCUGCUGGAGGUGGGCAUGCUGAAAUAGUACAGAUUCUACUAAAUCAUCCAGAAAUUGACAGACACAUUACUGAUCAACAAGGAAGAUCUCCACUGAAUGUCUGUGAAGAGAACAAACAAAAUGAGUGGGAAGAAACUGCAAAACUGCUGAAGGAAGCCAUAAAUAAACCUUAUGAAAAGGCACGAAUUUAUCGUAUGGAUGGGUCAUAUCGCUCUGUUGAGUUGAAACAUGGAAACAAUACUACUGUACAGCAGAUAAUGGAGGGGAUGCGUUUGUCUCAAGAAACUCAGCAGUACUUCACUAUCUGGAUCUGUUCUGAGAACCUCAGCCUCCAACUGAAGCCAUAUCACAAGCCUUUGCAGCAUAUUCGAGAUUGGCCUGAAAUAUUCACUGAACUGACAAACUUGGAUCCUCAAAGGGAAACUUCACAGCUUUUCCUGAGAAGAGAUGUGAGACUUCCAUUGGAAAUAGAAAAAAAGAUUGAUGAUCCAUUGGCUAUACUUAUCCUUUUUGAUGAAGCCAGAUAUAAUUUACUGAAAGGUUUCUAUACGUCACCUGAUGCCAAGCUGAUCACACUGGCAAGUCUGCUUCUACAAAUAGUCUAUGGAAAUUAUGAGAGCAAGAAACAUAAACAGGGCUUUCUAAAUGAAGAAAAUCUUAAAUCCAUAGUACCAGUCACUAAACUAAAAAGUAAAGCUCCUCACUGGACAAACAGGAUACUUCAUGAAUACAAGAGCCUCAGCACCAGUGAAGGUGUAAGUAAAGAGAUGCAUCACCUUCAGCGCAUGUUCUUGCAGAAUUGCUGGGAGAUUCCUACGUAUGGAGCAGCAUUUUUCACAGGACAGAUAUUCACCAAAGCAAGUUCAAGUAGUCAUAAAGUCAUCAAAGUGUAUGUAGGAGUAAACGUAAAAGGGCUGCACCUCCUCAACAUGGAAACAAAGGCUUUACUCCUCAGCCUGAAGUAUGGUUGCUUUAUGUGGCAGUUGGGAGAUGGAGAUACAUGUUUUCAAAUCCACAGUCUGGAAAACAAAAUGAGCUUUAUUGUGCAUACUAAACAGGUAAGCAUU